GGUGUCAAUCUUGCUUCACUAUUUGAAUGGGACAUGGCCAUUCCAUGGUCAAAUCCAAAAAAGUAUUUUAGGUUAGAAAAAAACUGAAAAAAGUCAACUAAAAAAUUACUCAUUGCCGGCCAAUUUAAUCAGUUUCGUUAAUAACCCACCUACCAGUUCAUUUUGAAACUACUUAAAGCAAUAUGGCACUCAUAAUAGCAAAAUUUAGGAAGAAGAAAAGCACAUACGAGGUGUUAGAAAAGUUAGAGAAUGAGAUAGUCUCUAUAGAAGAAUUUGGCAGAGGUACAGAGCUGUACAGAAAAAAAGUGAUUGGUAGAUUUAUAUUGCUAGCUGUUUUAACUUAUUUAAUACUAUCGUGUUUAAUUUAUUAUUAUUACAACCGGAUAUCGUCGAACAAUAAACUCAUCUACAUCAUACCUCUCGUCGCAUUCUCUUUCAUCGUAGUUAUUAUUAAAAAAUUCCUUGCGUGGUAUUAUGCCAUAAAGCUGCAAAGAAACGAAAAGAAACUAGUAAAGUUGAGAGAAGACAAGAAAAAGAUCAUCGAUAAUGUUAUGGAAACGGAAACGUAUAAAGUGGCGAAGAAGAUAUUAGAUAAGUUUGGAAACGAAACAAAAAAACCAGUACUUGAAGUAUCCACAACCACAGAUUUAGUGGCCCGAACUAGUCAGGCGGGACUUCGUCAAAGAAAUAUAGGAGCAAAUCAAACUUUGAAAACACGACUGUUUGCUGGGUCAACGGCCAUGUUUCAAAAUAGACCUCUUCCACAGCAGGCGCCUUUAUUGGGACCUUCAAGGAGUAAUACUCUUGUACCUACUCCUGGAUUAAGGAUGGCGGCUCCGAGGGCUGGACCUUUAGCUACUGGCACACCUCUGCCUUCACCAAUGGGCGUAUUACCAGCAAAUCGGUCGGUACUAGAUAAGAUGGUGGAUUAUUUGGUUGGUGAUGGCCCGUCAAAUAGGUACGCCCUUAUUUGCAAAAAAUGUUUUUGCCACAAUGGUAUGGCGGUGAAAGAAGAAUUCGAAUAUAUCUCAUUUAGAUGUUACUACUGCGCACAUUUCAAUCCAGCCAGAAAAAUGAAACCAACGGGGCCGAGAUUCGGAAGCACUUCAAAAAUCGAGUCAGUAGACAAUUCUUCUGAUUCCGAUAGAGAUUCUCCAGAUUCUGAUCCGGAGACAACUCUACAGCCAAUAGAAUCUGUGAAAUCUAGACGAUCGUCCUCAGAAACAGAAGUUCCAGUACCGAUUCAAACUGUUGCCGCAGUCGAAUUACCGAAAGAAUCUGCGAGCGAAAGGAAUUCAAAUUCUUCCCCUGAACUCGAAAAAUAUUCUGAUUUUGACAAAUUGUCUGACUUAGAAUCUCGAGAAAGCGAACCUACCGAUAAAUCACCAGAAGAUUCAGGGAUACCCCAGGAAUCGGUCGAAAGUACAAAUGCCACUCCUGAAAAGGCUGUAUUCGAGGAGACUCCCAUGGAAAUCGAUCGGGACAAGUCUGCCACAGAAUUUUAAAUUCUUUUAAAUUUUAGGGAGAGUAGAGAAUUUGAUAAAGGUGUUCGUGAUAUUGUUGCUAAAUAGGAGUUUUUGGUUCAUCAAUAUUUUAUCUACAUAAAAACAAGGAUUUUUAUUAAGAGGCACCAGUAGCGAUCAACAGGUAGCAACAAACGCGGUCCAAGAUUGCAGUUGUAAUUUUGAAUAUUUUGUCGAGAUAUUUGGCACACAUAUUCGUAAUACAUACAGGGUGAUUGAUUAGUAGGGUAAAGCUCAAUAGCUCCGCUAUAGUAAUAGAUAGCAAUAAAAGUUAAUAACAAAAAUUUUAGCCACCUUUGAGCAUUACAAAAAUUAGUUAGAAUAUUACACGGUGUUCGAUAACACAGUGGCAGACCUAACUUGUUUUUUUUUAAUGGAACACCCUAUAUUUUAUUUUAUAUUCGAAAUCUUUUUAACUUCUCCAUCACAAAAAUAUAAAGGUUUGUUAUGUUAUACAGGGUAUUUACAAAGUUAUAACCAAUUUUAUAUGAAAAUCGUAACAAGUUCAACUCCCUGUAUAAAUAAAAAUAAGUACAACAGCAAUGGUUUAUUAAUGCCAUAUUUUUUUAUUUAUUGUCAAAAUUUUUAAGAAUGCUUGAUAUUGCUAAUUUUCUUUAUAUCAAAUACAGGGUGAGUCAAAACGCAAGUACAUUAUUUUCUCAGUAAUGUUAAAUGGAACACCCUGUAUUUUAUAUCAUUAUUGAAAAGUAACAUUAACGUACUUUAAUUUUUAUAUAACAUUCCCUAUGCCCAAAUUUAUUAGUUUUCGAGAUAUUUUCAUUUUUCAGAGCAAAUUAUUUUAGGUGUUUAAAUUUAUCUAAAUUUUAAGUAAGCCAUGACUGAAUUAACAGUUGAAGAUUACCGAUUAUCAAUCCGGUAAUCAAUGUAACACUGUAGCAAACAAAGAAAUAAAAAUAAUUUAUUAGUAAUACAUUUUACAAACAAAAACACAACCACUACAAGCAACAUUUUUGAAACAAUGAAAAACUAUCUUUUUAUGUAAAUGCAACAAAUAAACAAAGAAAAUUAUUAAUAAAUUUUACAAAAAAACACAAAAACAAAAUACAAUAUUUUGUGAAGACAAUUAAACACUACUUUUGUAUGUAAAUGUAACAAUGUAACAAAUAAAGAACGAAACAUAAUUUAUCAGUAUAACAUUUUGCAAAAAAACAUGUAUGAAAAAAUUAGAAGCUACUUUUAAUAAAAUAUUUUUAAUAUUUAAUUACAUAAGGUGUUCAGAAUUACCUCCUAACACAUUUAUGCACGCCUAAAAACGAUCAUUGGUUGAGCUACUUGCUCUACGAAGCAUUUGUAAAUUAACACAUCGAAAUACACUUUGUAUUCUAUUUUUCAUCUCAUCCCUUGUUGUUGGAGGUAUUUUAUAAACUUCAUUAUUAACGCAACCUCAAAAAAAUCAGUGCAGUCUAUUAAAUUCUGGUGAUUUGGGUGGCCACGCUACUGGUCCAUUGAAAAAUGAAAAUAUCUCGAAAACUAAUAAAUUUAGACAUAGGGAAUGUUAUCUAAAAAUUAAAGUACGGUAAUGGUACUUUUCAAUAGUGAUAUAAAAUACAGGGUGUUCCAUUUAAAAUUACUGAGAAAAUAAUGAACUUGCGUUUUGACUCACCCUGUAUUUGAUAUAAAGAAAAUUAGCAAUAUCGACCAUUUUUGAAAAUUUUGACAAUACUUUAAAAAAUAUGGCAUUAAUAAACCAUUGUUGUUUUGCUUAUUUUUAUUUAUACAGGGAGUUGAACUUGUUACGAUUUUCAUAUAAAAUUGGUUAUAACUUUGUAAAUACCCUGUAUAACAUAACAAACCUUUAUAUUUUUGUGAUGGAGAAGUUAACAGGAUUUUGAUUUUAAAAUAAAAUAUAGGGUGUUCCAUUUAAAAAAAAAACAUAAGUUUGGUCUGCCACUGUGUUAUCGAACACCCUGUACCAUUUUAACUAAUUUUGUAAUGUGAAGCUCAAAGGUGGCUAAAAUUUUUGUUAUUAACUUUUAUUGCUAUCUAUUACUAUAGCGGAGCUAUUGAGCUUACCCUACUAAUAAAUCAACCUGUAUAGUAAAGAAUGGCGGUACAGAGCCGAAUUUGAGACAUAUCGUAGUAUGUGGAAAUUACUCUAUAACUAAAUAAAAUAUUACAAAAAGGAGCCUGUACCGCCAUUAAGAAAAACAAAAAAAUAAACUUUCUUCAAAUAAACUUUUUUAUCCCAUGCCUAGAUUUUGUGUCAUAUUGACCUAGUAAAAUUUUUUAUCUCUAACAAGAAAUCGAACAUAUUAUAACUAAAUAACUGAUUAGUCAACAUAGAGAAAGUGUCACUGUCAUUUUGACAAACCUACGUCAGAUUUCUGUUCUGUUAUCUACAUAGGAAUUACUAACACUCGAUACGAAUCUUUUCCGCCAUGUUUUACCGUAGCGCCGUAGAGUGUUCGUAAUCCCUAUGCAGAUAACAGAACAGAAAUCUGACGCAGGUUUGUCAAAAUGACAGUGACACUUUCUCUAUGUUGACUAAUCAGUUAUUUAGUUAUGAUAUAUUCGAUUUCUUGUUAGAGAUGAAAGAUUUUACUAUGUCCAAUAUGACACAAAAUCUAGGCAUGGGAUAAAAAAGUUUAUUUGAAGAAAGUUUAUUUUUUUGUUCUUCUUAAUGGCGGUAUAGGCUCCUUUUUGCAAUGUUUUAUUUAGUUAUAGAGUGAUUUGCACAUACUAACGUAUUUCUCAAAUUGGGCUCUGUACCGCCAUUCUUUAUUAUAUUACGAAUAUGUGUGCCAAAUAUCUCGACAAAAUAUUCAAAAUUACAGCCGCAAUCUUGGACCGCGUUUGUUGCUACCUGUUGAUCGCUACUGGUGCCUCUUAAAUGUUGUAACUUGUCCCUUUUGGAGUUGUUGAUAAAUUAUAGCGUAGAUACUUACUACUAACGUUUCAAUCCUUUUAAAUCCUUGUGUAACUAGAUAAAAAGGAAAUUAUGUAAAAAGUUAUAGAUUCAUUCAUAUCAGCAGGAUACUAAGUUGUUUUUAAAAAUGUACAUAAAUCGAUUUAAUAUUUUUUAAUACUGAUUAAACACAUAACUUAGAU